AUGCCACCUGCUCCGACCACAGAGCGACCUAAGGCGGAAGCUGUUCCCUAUAAAGGGGAGCCUCUACCAAAUGUCCCGGACGACCUUGUUGUUCCCAAUGUCCUGAACUUGGAUUUCGAUGAGAGACUGUGGGUUCCUCAGGCUCCAGACGUCUGGUUUCGGCCCAUUCUUUUCAACGUCACACAAGGCUACUUCGUCAACCUACUUCGGGUGCGUCGCUCGGGCAUCCUGUCCCGCCAUCGUCAUUCAGGCCCUGUCCACGCAACUGUUCUCAGGGGCAAAUGGCAUUACCUUGAGCAUCCGUGGUGGGCAACCGAGGGAAGCCAUGCUUUCGAGCCCCCAGGCGAUAUUCAUACUCUCGAGGUCCCGGACGGAGUCGAAGAAAUGAUUACUUUGUUCCAUGUCACUGGAGCAUACAUCUACGUCGACGCAAUGGGUAAUCCACUAGGUGUGGAGGACGUCUUCUCAAAGUUGGCUAGUGCGAAGGCUCAUUAUGCAAAUGUUGGACUUGGCCCAGAUUAUGUUGAUCAGUUUAUUCGUUGA